GUCGUCAAUGGGAAGCACGCGAGACGGUGGCACAGAGAGUUACGGUCUACACCGAUAUCCGCGGCUGCACCAUGCUUUCCAGCUCCAUCCCGUGUCUGUGGAUUACAUUUUGCCUUCAUUUAUGCUGCUGUGUAGACGGCGGACAAGCACAGAAUGGGAAGGAAGUGAUUCUGCUGGACUCCAAGGCACAGCAGACAGAACUGGAGUGGAUCUCCUAUCCUCCCAAUGGGUGGGAAGAGAUCAGCGGCCUCGAUGAGAACUACACUCCCAUUCGCACAUACCAGGUUUGCAAGGUCAUGGAGCCCAAUCAGAAUAACUGGCUUCGGACUAACUGGAUAGAGAAGGGCACUGCCCAGAGAAUUUUUGUGGAACUGAAGUUCACCUUGAGGGAUUGUAACAGCCUACCCGGGGUGGUGGGCACGUGCAAGGAGACAUUCAACCUGCAUUACAAGGAAACAGACUCGGAGGUGGGCAGGGGCCUGCGGGAGAACCAGUAUGUGAAAAUUGACACGAUCGCCGCAGAUGAAAGCUUUACCCAGGGUGACCUGGGCGAGAGGAAGAUGAAGCUGAAUACAGAAGUGCGCAUAAUUGGCCCCCUGUCCAGGCGGGGGUUUUACCUGGCCUUCCAGGAUGUAGGGGCGUGCAUCGCCCUGGUCUCUGUCAAAGUUUAUUACAAGAAGUGUUGGUCUAUCAUCGAGAACCUGGCCAUGUUCCCGGACACCGUGACGGGGUCGGAGUUCUCCUCGCUGGUGGAAGUGGAGGGCAUUUGUGUAAAUGAUGCUGAGGAGGAGGCCGACAACUCUCCCAAGAUGCACUGCAGCGCUGAAGGGGAAUGGCUCGUUCCAAUUGGGAAAUGUAUAUGCAAAGUUGGAUUUCAUCAGAAAGGAGACGCAUGUGAACCGUGCGGUCGAGGUUUCUACAAGUCUACCUCCCAGGACCUGCAGUGCUCUCGCUGCCCGGCGCACAGCUUCAACGACCGCGAGGGUUCCUGGCGCUGCGACUGUGAGGACGGGUACUACCGGGCCCUGUCCGACCCCCCCUCUGUGGCCUGCACAAGACCUCCCUCGGCGCCUCAGAACCUGGUCUACAACAUCAACCAGACCUCCGUCAGCCUGGAGUGGAGCCCCCCGGCCGACACCGGGGGCCGCAACGACGUGACGUACCGGGUGAUCUGCCGGCGCUGCAGCUGGGAGCCGGAGGAGUGCGUCCAGUGUGGGCCCAACGUGGGCUUCUCCCCUGCGCAGGCCGGAUUAGUGGAGUCCUACGUGAGCAUCAUGGACCUGCUCGCCCACGCCAACUACACCUUCGAGGUAGAGGCUGUCAACGGGGUGUCAGAGCUGAGCCGCACGCAGAGGCUGUUCGCCGCCGUCAGCAUCGCAACCGGCCAAGCAGCUCCGUCCCAGGUCAGCGAGGUCAUCAAGGAGAAGGUGCAGCAGCGCAGCAUCCAGCUGUCCUGGCAGGAGCCCCAGCAGCCCAACGGGGUCAUCACAGAGUACGAAAUCAAAUACUACGAGAAGGAUCAGAAGGACCGGGUGUACUCCACAGUCAGGUCCAAGUCCACGUCGGCCACAGUGAACAACCUUAAGCCCAGCACCUCCUACGUGUUCCAGAUCCGGGCCUUCACCGAGGCAGGCUACGGCACCUUCGGCCCCCGCCUGGAGAUCACCACCAAAGAAGAAACCACAACCACGAUCGUCUCCAGCGAGCAGAACCCUGUCAUCAUCAUCGCGGUGGUGGCCGUGGCGGGGACCAUCAUCCUUGUGUUCAUGGUGUUCGGCUUCAUCAUCGGGAGAAGGUACGCUCUCGCGGGCCCCAUUGACUCUCCGCUCCUGCACUGCGGGUACAGCAAAGCUGAUCAGGAGGGAGACGAGGAGCUCUACUUCCAGUUUAAAUUUCCAGGCACCAAAACCUACAUUGACCCUGAAACCUACGAAGACCCCAACAGGGCUGUCCAUCAAUUUGCCAAGGAGCUGGACGCCUCCUGCAUUAAAAUCGAGCGGGUUAUCGGAGCAGGAGAGUUCGGGGAGGUGUGCAGCGGCCGGCUCAAGCUUCCUGGAAAGCGGGACGUGUCCGUCGCCAUCAAGACGUUAAAAGUAGGCUACACAGAGAAGCAGAGGCGGGACUUCCUGUGCGAGGCCAGCAUUAUGGGACAGUUCGACCACCCCAAUGUGGUUCAUCUGGAGGGAGUCGUGACAAGAGGAAAACCGGUGAUGAUUGUCAUCGAGUACAUGGAGAACGGCUCAUUAGAUGGUUUCCUCAGGAAACACGAUGGUCAGUUCACUGUCAUCCAGCUGGUGGGCAUGCUGCGGGGCAUCGCGGCAGGAAUGAGAUAUCUCUCCGAUAUGGGAUACAUCCAUCGAGACCUGGCCGCUCGAAAUAUCCUUGUCAACAGCAAUCUCGUAUGUAAAGUGUCUGACUUCGGCCUGUCAAGGGUGAUAGACGACGAUCCCGAGGCUGUCUACACAACAACUGGGAAGAUGCAGGAUAUAAUGAAUGUGAUGUUUACUCCAGCCACUGACCUGCGUUUUACUGAACAGGGUGGCAAAAUCCCCGUCAGGUGGACGGCGCCGGAAGCCAUCCAGUAUCGUAAAUUCACCUCGGCCAGCGACGCGUGGAGCUACGGCAUCGUCAUGUGGGAGGUCAUGUCCUAUGGGGAGCGGCCCUACUGGGACAUGUCCAAUCAAGAUGUCAUAAAGGCGAUAGAGGAGGGGUACCGCCUCCCAGCGCCGAUGGACUGCCCCCCCGGCCUGCACCAGCUCAUGCUGGACUGCUGGCAGAAGGACAGAGCCGAGCGUCCAAAAUUCGACCAGAUAGUCAGCAUCCUCGAUAAGAUGAUCCGCAACCCUAACACCUUGAAGACCCCAGUGGGAACAUGUACAAGACCAAUUAGUCCGCUGUUGGAUCAGAGCACACCAGACUUCACCGCUUUCCGCUCAGUAGGAGAGUGGCUGGAAGCCAUCAAGAUGGAGCGAUACAGAGACAACUUCACAGCGGCGGGCUACAGCUCCCUGGAAUCUGUGGCCAGGAUGUCAAUCGAUGACGUGAUGAGCUUGGGGAUCUCGCUGGUGGGCCAUCAGAAGAAGAUCAUGAGCAGCAUACAGACUAUGAGAGCCCAGAUGCUGCACCUCCACGGCACAGGGGUCCAGGUGUGACCCGCAGUUUGCAUCAUGAGAAACUCUAACAGAACUUAUGGGACGUACCCGGGACAAACAGUCAAAAGCUAACGGACGUGUGUCGUGCCGGACUCCUCGGCUGUGUCUGGAGUGAAAUCAUUCCUUUGUUCCUCGCUCCGCCUCUUCACAGGGCACUGAAGAGAGGAAAAGGACAAACAACCGCAACAAAAAAGAAACUACCUGAACCAGAUGACUUUCUUUACUUACUUUCUUUAGAAGCGCUUAUGAACCCAACCACAUAUCAAAGGGUGCAUUGGAAAGGACUUCUGUUUUAACUUAAUGAAUGAUUUACACGCACACCGAGGCUAUGGAUUCUCUCUAAAAAGAACAAAAAAAACAACUUGUCUACUUGCAGUGGUUUCAUUUACAUUUGUUUAUUUGUUAGUUUUCUUUCUGUCUGCUACGAUGACAUGUUUGGCACAUGCAGCAGUUUGUUUCUCUCUUCUAUUUGGAUUUGACUACAGGGUAAAGGAGAGGGUUUUAUGGUUUCAACCUCUCAAUGUUUUUUAUUAUAGAAUGUUCUGAAGAGUGCAACACUGAAGAGACGCAGGAGAAUCAGCAGACUUUUAUAUCAGAGUAGCAAUAUCCUUUGUCUUAUUGUUCACCACAGGAAACGCAGUCACUUGGUUAUUGAGUAGAAUGUUGCAGCACUGUUGAAAUACUUUAUUGAAAUUGAAGCCACCACAAAUUGUUUUGCCAUCGUUUGACCUAAAAUGUUGCACACGGUGUUUGUUUCGGUGCAUUGUUGAGCUGCAAAUCCAGUUUUUAAAGGUGGCUCCAAAACACAUUGUAGACGUAAUACUGCCUUAAAAAGUGUUAGCUUAAGUAUUGCCACUAUUUUAGGAUCUUCAAUGGCAAUGCUUUCUGCAUUCAUUUAAAGGGUCGACAAGCUCCCUAUAUUUUUGUUUUUCUUGUAGUGUGAUGUCUUUUUAUCGCUGACUAAUCUUGAACUGGUGAAAGUGAGACACGGUGAGCGAAGAAGAGUAGGACUAAACAGAGCAAUAAUUACCAGGUAGAAACAGUCCUCACCUGAGAUUUGUAAGGUGCUAGGUUUUAUCAAAUGUGUGUGCUGUGCUGAGACAAACCCUCUGGAAAGAUUUAGUCACCCUCGGAAAGGAAAGGAAAGGAAUGUACCUCUUUGACCCAAAAACGGUUCGGAAAGUGCCGUGCCAAGUCAUCAGAUGAAAUAAUCAUGUUGUAUUUUGAUGUUGACUAUGAUAUGCUAAAUGUUUGAUGGAAACGCUAACAUGGCGUGGAAAUGUUAAAGUGAUGCAGCGAUGAAAGAGGCACCGUUUGAACACUAGGAAGGUUCCAUUAGCCAUGCUGACACCGACGCGCUGUCCAGAAAUCAAAGAGCCCCUUCAGGGUUUGGGUCGGAAAAUUAGGACCAAACGAGUCAGAUCGUGCUGUUGAACCCCCCCCACCCCCCCCAGCCACGCAGCUCCCUUAUUUAUUCAUGUGUCUCCACCGCUCAUCCCUCACAGGCGUAGAUGUGAUGGAACAUGCAUUAAAGUGUCUCUUAAGAUUGCUCCUCUUCUCUUCCAUACGGCUUUGUAUGGAGAGCAGAGACGAGGGGGCUUUGCAGAAGAUGUGCUAAAAGCCAAUCAACCUAUUCCGUGCCAUCUGUCUCCACUUCAAAUGCAAAAAAAUGUUUUACUGCAGCAUUCUUUGAUAAGAGGAUGCAGUUAUUCAGCUGUCAUGGAAUGGUGUUAAGGAAAAGCCAUCAUGUCUUCAACUCCUGUAGCUACCUGAUAUAAAUCUAUGUUUUCAAAAGCUAGAGUUAGGUCAACUGUUUCCUUCUCAAAUGUAUAGAAAAAGAAAAAACUGCACGUUUCACCAAUCCCAGUUUACAUAUUCAAAUCCCCCUUAUCGUCGAACUAACGGACUAAUGCAGAGAUAUUCAUUUACCAAGCAUGGAGGACAACCUAUCUAGCACACACUCACAUUCAAGGUGCAGCCUGUGCAUCUUUGCCUACAAAAUAUUUCAACAGUCAAUUUAACAUUUUCUAUGAUUUUCUUUAGCACAGAACUGAUGAGCUGCAAUCAAAUGUUCCACUGACAGCAGAAACUGAAAACAGUAAAUGAAGAGUACUGUUGAGUUGGCUUUAUGGAAACAUGCUGAAUGAUAACAGAAAGCAGCAGUUUUAACAACGCGAGAGACAGUGUUGAAACCAGGCUGAAAGAAGACAGAGAUUGUUAUGAAAAUGUCCUUAAAAAGCUAGCAUGCAUGUCGUUUUUACACCUAAGCUGUGCUCUCACAAUGACCCGGCUUUGUCUGCUUUGAUCCACUUUCACUGUGGGACUCACCUUUGUGAGGAGACACCAGGAAUUAGUCCUGACCGCUCUGAGCUCUCUCCCUUUAUCCAUACAGCAGAGCUCAGCAUUGGGCCUUGGCCAGACCUUUGAAUUGAAUACCGGCAUAAAGUCAUUCAGUCAGCACAAAACUCCCUAGUUUACAGGCAGCACUCUCUCACCCCCCCCGGGGCCGAACGUCCCCUUUUCCUGUGCUGGGGAAACAGCAGUUUGAGCCAAAUUGAGAUUAAGGCCAGGAUACAAUCGAUUCAGCGUCACCUGUAACCUUCACUAACAGAAGCUUGUUUCACCCACAUUCAAACUUCAGGUUCUGCUCAACUCUCAACAACAACUGUUUUGUUGUGGCUCUAUAUUAGCAACAACUCAAAAAGAAUAGAAAAUGUAAGAAAGGCAGAAAAAAGCAGACAGGUGCAGGAUGUAGAGGGCUGGUUGGAAUCAGGAGCAGAAGAUAGAGUACGAAGUUAUUUUUCAAACCUUGUGGUUCAGCAGUUGGACGUGGUGCGGGGGGGGGGGGUGGUUCCAAAGAGCACUGUUGAUUGUGUCAGAGACGAGAUUUGAGGGGAUCUUUGUAUAUGUUCUAAUUGUAAAACUUGUACAUUUAUUUAUAUUGUUUUUUACACAUAUUACUCAGUAGAGAGCUCUGAAUACAUUGAAAAUGCACUAUAUUUUUCUAUCUCGCAGAUGAAUUAUUGUCACUCACAAGAUUUCAGUUGUACUUCAUUUUUCAUUUAGGACCAAAGACAGCUGAUAGGAUUUCCAUCUUUACUUUGACUUUCUGUUGAUUUUGCGUUUUAGUUUGUUGUACAGUAAUACAAAUGGUCAAUUUAUUAUUUAUUUUUCUGUGAUGAAAGUAUUGAAAAUUCACUGGUCAAAGGUAUUUUCCCCAACAGCAGAACUGUACGAUUUAAUUAGACAAUUUCUUGUUACAUAGACAAUUCUUUUUGCUUUGUUACCUUUGUAAUAGACUGUACAUAUAUUUUUGGAAAUAUAAUACAAUCUCUAUAGAAGUGU